AUGAUGACCAACGUCAUGUCUUGCGCAUCUGGAUCCCUUAUCUCUAACAUUCCAUAUCAUAUUCACUCAUCAUUCCCGAUACCCUGCUACUCCAUUCUCGCCGUUGCGAAAAUGCCCUCCUAUCCAGAACCCGAACUCUACUGGACACAGCCUACGCAGCAUUGUCCGAACUCGAAGUUUCCUGUUCUGGUCUAUCGAAAUGUCUUACCUGAGGAUUUGAGUAUUGAAGCUGUAGAGAAGGCUUUGGGGAGGAAUCAGUGGAGGAAGGGAGGAGUGUUUAAGCAUUAUCCUACUGCGCAUUUUCAUUCGAAUACGCAUGAGGCUUAUGCUGCGGUGAAGGGAUGGACAAGAUGGGUGAGCUUGUUAUCAAGCUUGUUAAGUGAUCUAGGGCUGACAUUGAGGGAAAGUAAUCACUCUUCAUCUUUUGAUUCCAGUCUGCUGGAGGCUCAUGCUGACAUUUCUUGA